AAGGAUGAGAUAAAGACGAGGGAGAUCUGAAGGAAGAUGGUUUGGAUAAGAUGCAAGAUCAGAAGAAUGAUGUGGAUAAAGGCGAGAAAGACCACAAAAAGGAUGAUUUAGAGCAAGGUAAGGCCGGCCGUGAGAAGGAAGAUGUGGAUAAAGGCAAUAAAUAUCCCAAAGAGGAUAAUUUGGAUACAGGAAAGGCAGGUCUCAAGAAGGAAGAUGCAGAUGACAGCAAGAAAAUUCUGAAAGAGGAGGAUUUAGAGAAAGGCAAGGAAGAUCUCAAAAAGGAGGAUAUUGAUGAAAAUAAGGAAGAUCUCAAAAAGGAGAAUAUUGAUGAAAAUAAGGAAGAUCUCAAAAGGGAGGACUGUGGGGAAGUCAAAGAAGAAUCCAAGAAAGACGAUGUGGAGAGAGGUAGUGCAGCAGCAGAGGAAAGUCUGAAAGUGGACUGUGAUAUCCUCGAGAAAAAGUAUGAGUUAAUCAAGGAUUGUUAUGAGCUGGACCAACAAGCUGCCGAAAAAACAAAAUAUAUGUCUGAUUAUGUAGAAAGAGAUUACUUCCCCAAAGAGAGAAGCGACAAGGACCAUCGCAAAAGGUGGCUGAGUAGCAACACCUGUGGAAGUAGUAAAAGGAGACCUUGGAGUAAAGACUAUACCAGUCAAGAUUAUAACAGGAGCACCAGGAGGGAGAGGAGCAGCAGGAACAGGAGGAAGCGGAGUAGGAGUGGUAGCCGGGAGAGAAGCUGGAGCAAGAGGAGUCGCAGCCGGAGUAGGGGGAGGAGUGGCAGCACCCAGGAGAGAAGCUGGAGCUCACGGCAGAAAAUAGAUGGGGAAGGAAGGAGAACCAAGAGGAAAUCAAGGGAGGAGGAGUCACCACGACCGAGAAAGGUUGCCAGAUAUGGUGAGAGCAGGUGUAAUUAUGAGAGUGAAGACUACAGAUACAGUCAUAGGAAGAGGAAAAACUCAUCCAGGGAAUAUGUUGAAAAAAGUUCAAGAUCUGAAGGAUUAUCAAGAAGCUCAUCAGAAUGGAACAGAAGUGGAACCAGCAGAUCUCACAGAGUUUCCUAUAGAAUGGCAUCACAUUCAUCACCUGAAAGAAAAAGGAAAAGGAAAAGGACGUCUCGAGAGAGGCGGAAGCCAAGCUCCUCUAGAAGAAGUCCAAGCAUGUCACCAUCCUCAUCAUCAUCGUCACAUUCGUCAUCAGAGACGUCAUCGCCUGUAUUGCCUACAAAAUCUUUCUCCUCGCUCACAACUCCAAGAAACGUGACAUCAACUUCAUCAUCAUUACCCAUAGCAUCAGCUUCAUCUCCACCCUCAUUAUCCUCGUCCUCAUCGUCAGUAUCCGUAUCAUUAUCCCCAUCAACAGUCUCCAUACCUACAGUAUCACCAGCUGCUGUAUCUACAGAUUCUGGAUGUGAUUCAGGGAACACCAUAAACCCAGAUGUCAUGAAGCAGCUGGAGAAAGCAGAGGAAGACCUGAAGAAUAAUCUGAUGUCAGAAUAUCAGGUGUUCCAAGAAGUACCAGAAAUCCAUCCUCAGUUUGAAGAGGUGCAUGACAUGUUUCUGGAAGAGUACAGGAGGAAAUUCGGAAAUGUGGAAGACUCAGAAUUGAGUGAUACAAUUUGGAAAAAGUUUUGGAAGGAAGUUUUGCAAGAGAAACAAGAAUCUGAGUGUCAGGAGAAACUUGAAGCACUCCGAAAGCAGUACAAGGUUCUUAACCUUGAAAAAAGCAUAGAUCCGUCCAGAGAUGCGUGUAAUGCUAUUGAAAAUAGUACAGUGAUUAGUCUUAAGGGGCAGUCAGAUAGUACUACAACCCUAAGUGAUACGGAAAAUAUUUCUUGUGUGAAUGAAGACCUAGUAAAAUGCUCAUUGUUGCAAGCAUUUGCAUUACUGGAGGAACUUUCAGAAUUUCUUGGUAUUUUUGCUCCAGCAAUGAAAAUGUUGAUGGAGGAGGUUGUGAAAUUAGGUGUAAGUUCUCAAGAAGCUUUAGAAGUUUUAAGCAAUGAUGAUAAUAACAUACUGAUUAAAACGGUGUCUCACAAACUUUUGAGUCUGAGCAAAGCAGUAGAAAGUCCUCUUAGUGAUAGACUGCUUGAAGGAAGCACUGAAACCUUGAAAUUACUCCAGUAUUCGCUAAUGUCACCGGAAGGAAAGAAAUCCGUCAGUGCUGUUGAUAUAAAAGCUGUUGCAAAAUCAUCCCACGGGAAGGAUGUUUCAUCAACACUUGAGAUGAUAAAGAAAUCACUCAAUGAAAGUGGCAUUAACGAUUACUCAGCGGAGGAUGUUCAUCAAAUUUAUUUAGCUGUAUCUCAUCAGCACUUUGAUAUGGCUUCCUAGAUCAGAAAUAUUUGCUUGUGAUAAAAGAAUUACCGAGAGCAGAAUUUACUGUUAAUAUUAGAAGUGUUUGACAUAUAUCCUUUUUAUUUCUAAUAAAUAAUAUGAAGAUAAUGAAUAUAUUUUUUAUGAUUUCAGACUAGUUUUGAAUGUACAAAUCUUAAUAAGAUUGCCAUACAGAACAUGUUGCAUGUUUUUACCU